AUGGAAGUUGAGUUAAUUGGGGACUUUCGGAGUGCGCUGAGUACUCUCAUGAGCGAGUAUCAAGAUGAGCGAUCCGCCAAAGCCAUAUUGUUGAUGUAUCGUAUGUUGGAGCACUACAAAACAUUCGCCGAGAGCUUUAUUAGCAUGAUGGAAAAUCCCGUGGAAAUAUCAAUGAUGUGGGGUCUGUUGUCUCUGGUCUUCACAAUACGCAGAAUUAUACCACAACCAUCUGCGAAUUGAUCAAUUCCUGUUGACUUUGAUUAGCUUGCUCUGAACACAACAAACCCAGCCAACACUGGUGAAAUCACCCCGAUAAUUCGUAUCACAAGAUGGCUGGAGAGAAUCGGGCAGAAGUUGAAGGCCUCAAACGACUGCAAAGGUAUCAUCACCGAUUUCUCGAAAGUGAAAGGUGAUACUGUUAAAGUGGACCGAGAAAUCAUUGUCCUCUGGUUGAACGUUAUCAUGGCAAUCCGAAAUGGAGGAUUUUGGGACAAAGGUAUGUUAGCAUGCUGUAACCAUGUCGCUCUACUUCUUUGACGAUGUUGUUGACCUUAGCUAGUCUCAUUUAGUGAAAACGCUUGGGAAAGUCUAACGACAAUUUACAACAAGGCUUACCAAAAUAUUGAUGAGGCUGUAAUGCGGAUUGAACGAGUCGCCAAAAUAGCAGAAAAACAAGCGCGUGAUAUUCAAAACAUGCAAGUUAUGCAGCAUUUGAUUUCGCUAGGAAGACCUAGACCAGACAGGGCAACUCUUCCAUGUAACAACCUUCCUGUAGCCGAGAACCGUCGAUUCUUUGGCUGCCAGGAUAUGUUGCAGCAGCUGGAAGAGCAUUUACUACCUUCAGAUACGAAUAGUCACUUCUCCUCGAUAGCCCUGUAUGGCCUUAGAGGUAUUGGAAAGACACAGAUUGCGCUGGCUUAUGCGUACCAGAAACUCGACGAGCUUGAUGCAGUGUUGUGGAUCCCUUCUGAAGAUUAUUUCUCUAUUCAGCAAGGAUUUAGUCGUGUUGCUGUCGAUUACCUUAAGCUCCUGAACGCGCAUUCACAGUCCUAUCAGGAGAACAUGAUCCUGGUCUUGAAUUGGUUACAUACAACUUGUAAGUCUGGCUAGUUAUCAUUCAUUGAAACGGUUCCUAACUAUGAUUCAGCUGCGAGAUGGUUACUGAUAUUUGACAAUGUCAACACUCAUAACGCGCUUGAUGAUUGCUGGCCUGUAUCCACACAUGGGGCAGUCCUUGUGACAACUCAAGACGUCCUUGUUGCUACGCUUCCUUUUGAUAUUGGCUUGGAGGUUAACGAGCUUGGGGUCGAUGAUGGGGCUGAGUUUUUGCUCCAUAUGACGCCUAAUAGAAAGCGAUCCGAAGGAGAGCUUAAUGCAGCCCAUCAAGUCACGACUUUACUACAUGGCUUGCCACUUCCCAUUAGCCAAAUGGCUGCUUUUAUCAAUGCCCAGAACUCCUCGAUUAGCGAAUUCCAUAAUUUGUACCUCAAAUAUGAGCAGCGCCUGCAUAAGCAGAGGAAGAGUGGGUAA